AUGCCCGCAACUCCGCAGAGCUACGACAUGCUCGCCAAGAUGCUCCUCAUCGGUGACUCUGGCGUCGGCAAGUCGUGCCUCCUCCUGCGCUUCUGCGACGACGCGUGGACCCCCAGCUUCAUCACCACCAUUGGCAUCGACUUUAAGAUCCGCACCAUCGAGCUCGAGGGCAAGCGCAUCAAGCUCCAGAUCUGGGACACGGCCGGCCAGGAGCGCUUCCGCACCAUCACGACGGCCUACUACCGCGGCGCGAUGGGCAUUCUCCUCGUGUACGACGUCACCGACGAGCGGAGCUUCAACAACAUCCGGACGUGGCACGCCAACGUCGAGCAGCACGCGUCCGAGGGCGUCAACAAGAUCCUCAUCGGCAACAAGUGCGACUGGACCGACAAGAAGGUCAUCUCGGAGCAGCAGGGCCAGGAGCUCGCAGACGAGCUCGGGUUGCGCUUCCUGGAGACGUCGGCAAAGAGCAACAUCAACGUCGAGCAGGCAUUCUUCGCGUUGGCAAGCGACAUCAAGAGCCGCCUGAUCGACACGGCCAAGCCGGAGGACUCGCCGAGCGGCUCGCGCAGCGUCGGUAUCGGCGCAGGCCAGGGCGACAACGCGGCCAAGGGCGGAUGCUGCUGAGCGGCCUCCCUCCUCGCGCCGUCCUCUUCCUCGCGCCGCCGCAUCGACCAUCUCGCCUAUCUCUACGAGCCGAACGACCUCGGCCCACCCUUGUUCGGUCCGCACCGCCUCAUCCACCUUCGUCGCCCUCCUCGUACCUCUCGACUCGGCUCUCGCGCACGCCCCAUUCACGAUUACCGCCUCGACCCACAUCCGCCCUUGUUCUGGUUCCCUCUCCUUCAGUCACCCCCGCCCUAUUUCAGUCCUCAGUCGUCCUCGCCUCGCGGCCCAGCAGCCGUCGCCGUCGCCUUCCUCCCUUUCCUUUUCCCCCUCGUCCCCGCGUCCCCCGCCUCUUCCUGCACAAUUGUGCGGAGGCUCUCGAUUCGGCGCGUGCGCCGCUUUGCCCACUUGCAAUCUCAUGUAGACCAGCUCCUUCAGCAUU